UGCUGCCAUUUUACACACAAGUUUGACUGAUAUAAUAAUUGAGAGGAGGAAAAAAAAUAGGAAUUGCCUUAUUUGUAUCCUUUAAUAGAGAUUUAGUCAGGGAUUAUUUUUAUUUUUUUUUUUCCAGAGAGAAGAUUGAAAGAGACUGCAGAGGGUUGCUGCAGCCAGCGUGGGGUGCUGCGGGGAUCAAAGAGGUGCUUGCGCUCGGAUCGCUUUGAUUCUGGAGGAGAAACCGGGUCAAGAAAAGAAGGGGGGACGGGUGGGAAGAGAAGGACAAUGCUGUUUCGCGUCGUUUGCCUCGCUCGUACGGGACGCCGCGCAGACGUUUCGCCCUUAAUCGCCGUCCGUUUUUAGAUUAGUGACAUUUCGGAUUCGGCGCUGGCACGGACGCGCCCCGCCACCGGCGUCUCACCCUUUGGGCAGCAUCUAUAUCAGGGAUAGCUCGCUGUGCGUUUGGCUACGUACGUGCGCACGCCAGCUCUUUGUGCAGAUUCUCUACCUACAAUCGUCGUUUUUUGUUUUUUUUUGCCUGAAUGUGACGGUCCUCUGCAAUUUCUUGUUUUUAUCCUUUUUUUUUUUUACGGGGGGGUGCCGCCGCAUGAAUUCUCCCACCGGAUCCUCGUCGGUGUACUCUGCUGCUUCGGUCCUGCUCCUCCUCCUCCUCCUCUUCCUCCUGACUCUCACAGAGGGCACUACCCUCCUCCCUACCACUAAAGACAUUUUGAUCGUCCUCCCCAGCUCCCCCCACCCGGACACGACCAUCACCAGCACCAGCAGCAGCAGCAGCAGCACCACCACCACCUCCUCCUCCUCCUCUUCCUCCUCCUCCACUGUAACAUGUCGGGACAGUCUUUGACGGACCGGAUCGCCGCCGCGCAGCACAGCAUGACCGGCUCUGCCAUCAGCAAAGCCGUCUGCAAGGCCACGACGCAUGAAGUCAGCGGACCCAAGAAGAAACACCUUGACUACCUGAUCCACUGCACCAACGAGCUGAAUGUCAGCAUCCCCCAUCUGGCAGACACGCUGCUGGAGCGCACGACGAGCAACAGCUGGAUUGUGGUUUUCAAAGCGCUCAUCACCACACACCACCUCAUGAUGUACGGCAGUGAGAGAUUGAUGCAGUACCUUGCCUCCAGAAACACGCUCUUCAACCUCAACAACUUUCUUGAUAAGGCCGCACUGCAAGGGUACAACAUGUCAACCUUUAUAAGACGCUACAGUCGAUACCUGAAUGAAAAAGCCAUGUCUUACAGACUAGCAGCAGUGGACUUCACCAAGAUGAAGAGAGGGGCUGAGGGUGUGAUGCGCACCAUGAACACAGAGAAACUGAUCAAGACUUUGCCCGUCAUACAGAACCAACUGGACGCACUGCUAGAUUUUCAGCCAAACUCCAACGAGCUGACCAAUGGAGUGAUCAACACAGCGUUCAUGCUGCUGUUUAAGGACUCCAUACGGUUGUUUGCUGCUUACAAUGAGGGGGUCAUCAACAUGUUGGAGAAAUACUUUGACAUGAAGAAGAAUCAGUGCAAAGAAGCGUUGGAGAUCUACAAGAACUUCCUGAACAGGAUGACAAAGCUGUCCGAGUUUCUCAAAGUGGCAGAGUCAACAUUACGAGUUGGGAUAGAUCAGGGCGACAGCCCCGAUCUCACACAGGCUCCCAGCUCCCUCCUGGAGGCUUUGGAGCAGCAUCUUGCUUCCCUGGAGGGCAGGAAGCUCAAAGACCUCUCUACUGCCAGCAGAUCCAGCACCUUGUCCAGCACAGUGUCGUCUCUCUCCAGCGCCGGCAUCUCUCUCAGCCGCAUGGAUGACAAGACAGAGGACAACCGGCUGCAGCAACACAAGGAGGACGGUCACAAAGUGAUUGACAUUCAGACACCUACCGUCUCGCCCAGCACCCAGUCGGUGGGCAGUGCCAACAGCAGCGGAGGGGCCACGGAUCUCUUCUCAAGCUCACCCAGUGUACCCAUCAAUAACCAUGUGCCAAACCUGGCCAGCGAGCUGUUCACCCUGCAGCCCACCUUCACCCCCAUCCAGACCACACACACUGUGCCCAACAACAACAUUGCCUGGGGAGGAGACCUGCUAAAGCCUUCCCCACCCACUCAGAUUCACAGUCCUGGAGCUCCAUUGCACUCUGGUAAAAUGUUGCCCAGUGAUUUGGACUCUUCAUUAGCAAACCUGGUUGGGAACCUACAGUUUGGGGGUACACCGGCUAAAAAACCAGAGUUCCAGUGGAGCCAGCUAGUGGAGAAGAAACCCACAGGAGGGAACGGCUGGCAGUCAAAAACCAUGUGUACCAACACCAACUGGACUCACGCUACCCAUCCCAUGGCACCUGCACCCAUGCCUGUCCCACAGAUGAAUGGGAUGAUCUAUACGGGAUAUGCUCCAGCGCCAAUGGCUUUUCCUAUGACGACACCCCAAGUGCCUGUGUAUGGAAUGCUCCCUCCUCAGAUGAGUCAUCAAAUGGGAGGCGUUCCCAUGAUACCCCCGCAGCCUGUCAUGUACAACCAGCCUGUCCUGAGACCCACCAAUCCUUUUGGACCCAUCCCGGGUACACAGAUGCACUUCAUGUAGAGAUGAUGUUGUAACCAUAGCAGCAAAGCUGAGAGAAGAGGCAAGAGAAAGAGAUGGAAAAGAAAGAGCUGACGGCAAACACAAACACAGAACCAAAUCCAGUGCAGGAGAAGGAAAGAACGGCGAGGGAAUGAGAGGAGCAGACCACAGGAUUAAUAGAUGAAAUGCUGAUGUCAAUCCACCGUCACUUCACCCUUUAUUUUUCAUGUGGCUACUGAUUUGUUUGUCUUUAACCCACGAGUGCGACCCCGAAGCAUCAGAGGCUCCUGAUCAGUUCAACCCAACUCCUCUUUUGUUGGCCUCUUUCAAAAGGCAAACUCAGCCCAUGCUGACAUUGCAGAGACUGACAGCUACGUGGAAGUUUCUCCACCUUCUCCUGAGCCACUCCUCCUGUUAAUAACAUACAUGAAAACUUACCCGCAUCUCUCCACAUCCAACACGUGAAUCAAACUUGGAGGGCAAACAUCUCUUUCUCUGAUUCGAUCAUUUUUCUGGCACUUUACUCAAUGUGAAUUUUUUGCCAAG